AUGUCGAACCAAACUCCCGAAUCUUGGGAAGACGAGCUUGCCCGACAGGCUGAGGGUGUCAACCUGAACGCACAAUCUCGCCCUCAAGCCCAGGCGCCCACUUUCACACCUGGAGCCGCUUCUUUCACCCCCGGAGCCUCCGCAUUUGUUCCAGGACAGCAAUACCAGCAGUACGCCGGCUACCCCCAGCAGGGAUACCCCCAGUACGGUCACCAGCAAGCCUACGGCCAGUACCAGCAGCAGCAGGCUUACGGCCAGUACAACGCAUAUGCUCAGCAGCCCGGUGCCUUCAACAAUGGACAGCAGUCAUACGGUGCUUACCAACAGCAACCCCGCCAGAAUGUGCCUGUAGCUGCACAGCAACCCGCAGCUCAGUCUGCUCCCAAGCCCGCCUCGAACGCCGCCCCUCCUAAGGCCAAGGUCCUGUCUAUCGGUGCCUCCGCUUCUACUACUGCCCCCAAGACCAAGGUUCUCUCUAUUGGUACCCCUACCCCUGCCGCAAAGCCCGCCGAAUCCACGGAAUCCAAGGGUGACACUAAGGGUCCUGCUGCUGCCGAGGCCGGUGCCAAGGCUGUGGCCACCAAGGGCCUCGACAAGUCAGAGAAGGCUGCUGCUAGCGGCAAGUCCUCCCCUACACCAUCUUCCGGCCGCUCCAGCCCUGGUCGCUCCAGCCCUGCUCGCGGCGAAACCGCCAAGCAAGCUCGUGAGGCCAAUGCUGUUGCGAAAUCUCAGCAGGCUGAUGUGGAUGACGCCACCCUGAAGGAAAUCUACGGUGAGCGCAGAGAACACGUCAACGUUGUCUUCAUCGGUCACGUCGAUGCUGGAAAGUCCACUCUGGGUGGAUCUCUUCUGCACGCCACUGGUAUGGUCGAUGAGCGUACCCUCGAUAAAUACAAGAAGGAAGCCAAGGAGGCCGGUCGUGAGACUUGGUACCUCUCGUGGGCCCUCGAUCUGACCCAAGAGGAACGAUCCAAGGGUAAGACCGUUGAGGUCGGCCGUGCUUUCUUCAAGGUUUCCGUUCCCCACCCCGAUGGCCCCAUUGAGCGUCAAUUCUCCAUUCUCGAUGCCCCCGGUCACAAGUCCUACGUGCCCCACAUGAUUGGUGGUGCUUCCCAGGCAGACCUCGGUUGUCUGGUCAUCUCUGCCCGUAAGGGUGAGUACGAGACCGGUUUCGAGAAGGGUGGUCAGACCCGUGAGCACGCACUGCUUGCCCGUAACACCGGUGUCUCCAAGCUGGUGCUUGUCGUCAACAAGAUGGACGACCCCACCGUUGAAUGGAGCAAGGAGCGUUUCGACGAAUGUACCGUAAAGGUCAUCAAGUUCCUGGAGGCCCUUGGCUACAAGAAGUCGGACAUUUUCUGCAUGCCCAUCUCCGCACAGCGCACCAUCGGUAUCAAGGACCGUGUCCCCAAGGAGACGUGCCCCUGGUACGAUGGUCCUUCAUUGCUUGAAUUCUUGACUGAGUUCCAGCUUCCCGAGCGCAAGGUUAACGCACCCUUCAUGAUGCCAAUCAGCGCCAAGUACAAGGACAUGGGUACCAUGGCCGAGGGUCGUAUUGAGUCCGGUAUCAUCAAGAAGAGCGGUACUUACCUCAUGAUGCCCAACCGCGAGGAGGUUUCCAUCUCUGCCCUCUACGGUGAAACCGAGGAGGAGAUUCCAAAUGCCAAGGUUGGUGAUCAGGUCCGCCUGCGUCUCCGUGGUAUUGAAGAAGAAGACUUCUUCCCCGGUUUCGUGCUCUGCUCCCCCAAGCGCCCUGUCCACUGUGUUUCUGCCUUCGAGGCCAAGAUUCGCAUCUUGGAUCUCAAGAGCAUUCUCACCGCCGGUUUCAACUGUGUGCUGCACGUCCACUCCGCAGUUGAAGAAGUCACCUUUGCCGCUCUCCUCCACAAGCUCGAGCCCGGUACCGGCCGUAAGAGCAAGCGUCCCCCCCAGUUUGCCAACAAGGGUCAGACCAUUAUUGCCCGUCUCGAGGUUACCAGCACAGCCGGUGCUGUCUGUGUUGAGAAGUUCUCCGACUACGAGCAGCUUGGUCGUUUCACCCUUCGUGACCAGGGUCAAACCAUUGCUAUCGGUAUGAUCACCAAGCUCAUCACCCCCGAGGGUGAGGCUGUGUAA